GUUUUAAAUGCUUUCUUGUUUUUGUUUUCUUUCUCGUGAUUAACCAAGUGGAAAACGAAUGAAAUAAAAACAAAUUCGCAUCCUAGAUACAAAUCUCAACUUUUACACAUUAUUAACAGCUGGUAGGAAAUCAGAUAGAGUGUCAAUGUGCAUCAGACGUGCAUUUUGCGACCUAGUUUAUCACCCAGUGUUAAAUAGGCUGUUAAGUAAAACCACACUCGUUAUCUCGCCAAGGAUACUGUUAUGUACAGCGGGUCACAAGUGUGAACGACUGGGUUAAAACUAUUAUCGGAUUACAGUUCAGUCGUGUUUCAGGAGUUUAAUAACUAUGGCAAGCCUUGGGAAAAUACUUAGAUGUGAAGCAAGUCAGCUUUUACGAAACAAUUCUGCAAGAUGUGUUCUUUCUCGACUUCAAGCGUACAGUUCGUCCCCGGACACAGAAUACGCCAUCGAAAUGGCUUGCUCCAACAUCAGGUAUGGCGCUGGGUCGACGCGGGAAGUAGGUAUGGACUGUAAGAACAUGGGUGCUAAGAAUGUGAUGGUGGUAACGGACAGUAGAUUGUCUAAAAUGAAGCCAGUUCAGACGGUUAUAGAGUCCCUUAGUUCACAAGGUGUACCUUUCAAACUUUACGACAAAGUAGCUGUUGAACCUACAGAUGAAAGUUUCAAGGAAUGUAUCGACUUUGCAAAGGCCGAUAACUUUGACGUAUUUCUGGCGGUGGGUGGGGGAAGUGUAAUAGAUACCUGUAAAGCAGCUAAUCUGUAUUCUACAAAACCAGACGCAACAUUACUAGAUUUUGUGAAUGCUCCAAUUGGCAAAGGUCUCCCAAUUACACAUCAGCUCAAACCUUUGAUCGCAGUCCCUACUACUGCUGGAACCGGAAGUGAAACAACUGGUGUUGCAGUGUUUGAUUAUCUUCCAAUGAAAGCCAAAACAGGCAUUGCUAAUAGAGCUCUUAGACCCACACUUGGAAUUGUGGAUCCCGAACAUUUAGUAACCAUGCCCGAACGUGUCGCGUGCUAUUCCGGAAUUGACGUAUUGUGCCAUGCUAUAGAAUCAUACACUGCUAAAUUUUAUCUCGAGCGUUCUCCACGGCCGACCGACCCACUGCUAAGACCAGCAUACCAAGGUUGUAAUCCAAUCAGCGACAUUUGGUCUCUUCAUGCGUUAAAACUUACCUCAAAGUUCAUCAAAAGAGCCACAUUUAAUGCUGACGAUUUUGAAGCAAGAGCUGCGAUGCAUCUUGCCAGUGCAUAUGCUGGCGUCGGAUUUGGAAACGCUGGGUGUCAUCUGUGCCAUGGAAUGUCGUAUCCUAUUUCGGGAAAUGUUAAAAGUUAUAUUGAAAAGGGAUAUAACCCAGAUCUGCCUCUUAUUCCUCAUGGUUUAUCAGUAGUUGUGUCCGCUCCAGCCGUGUUCGAGUUUACGGCACCAGCCUGCCCAGACAGACAUUUGGGAGCCGCAGAAGCUUUAGGUGUUGAUAUUAGCAAUGCGCGAAAAGAGGACGCUGGCAAGAUCUUGUCUGACUGUCUCCGGAAGAUACUUGAUGAAUUGAAGGUACCAAAUGGUCUCAAUGCGGUUGGUUAUUCCAACGACGACGUGAAAACAAUGGUUGCCGGCGCUAUGCCACAGCACCGAUUGAUAAAGCUGUCACCACGAGAAGUACAUGAAGAUAACAUGAGCGAACUCUUCGAGAAGUCCAUGAAAAUUUACUAGCCAUAUUAGAACUUAUUUCAGCUAAAAUCAAACAGUUAAUAUAAACAUUACGAAUGACCUGUAAACUCGGGACCAGGCUUUAAGAAAAGAAAAGCAUUAUGUUUGUUUUAUAAUGCUUAUUAUGAUGACUUUGGACUGCACGUUUGUAAAGUUAAUUUUCACUGGAUAGCCGUGACAUUUAUAAAAUGCUUUUUUGUCCUACGCAGAUUGCGCAUGUGCGAGAAAAUAAUAUUUUUCAUUGCAACGGACCGCGUGAUAAAAAGGUCUAUAUGUAUUGAUGUUGUAAAUUCAUUAAUUAGUUUUAAUUCAAAUGAGAGAGUUGUAAUGAAUUAUAAAUUUGUUAUACGGAUUUUUGACAUGUUUAUAUGCCCGCGUAUAUACGGUUGAUUGCAAUAUAACCCAUGCGGGAAAUAAUAUAACUACUUAUGAAGAAUUCUGACAGGUUAUAUGGCUCAGUAAUUUAUCUACAGUAGCUGUAUAUAUAAAUAAUAUACACUUCACGAACGUCCAAUGAAAAUCGACUUUACAAACAUGCAGUUUAAAAAAAAAACAAAAAAAAAAACAACAAGUAUUUACAUUACUGUAGAGCGUGAACAUUUACUUUUGAUCUAUCUUAGAACACCAAUGCAUUUUCAAUGGUGUGAAAAAUUUAAGAGUAUACGUACGUCGAAUCUGUAUCCAUUCUUCUAUUUUUACUUCCAAUGACAAGAAAAUAUCAUAUUUUGCAACAUACGAAUAAAUGAGGGACGAAUAUGGUUAAGGAAAUUAAUAUGUUUAAACUAAACUAAGGGACGAUUGGCGAUAAUAUAUGUUACACCAGUGAGCUGUUCUGAUAGGUUGUAUUGCUCGAGUUGAUUGGUAGAAUUGUAUUUAUUAAAUAAAAAGUACUUAUGGGUCAGUGUGAAUAUAACUUUACGCAAUCAACAUUUGAUAGAAUUCACCAGAUUAGUGCACUCGUGUUUUAUUCCUUCUAUUAUUACAUGUUUAUUUUUCUGUAACAUGCGUAAACAAACUUUAGCUUGACAAAAAUUGAAGAAUUAUAACGUCAGUUUUAUUACGUAACGACUCAAACAACACAAGGUGUUGAAUAUGGGGAAAGUCAAUCCCGAUGUAUGUGUUUGAAAAAGAACUAGAUCCAUUUUUGCUUUAUAUUAAGUAUUAAUUAUAUAGCAGAACUAAUAAAUUUGUCUCCCCACAUUUUACUUCUGAUGCUUUUUAUGAAUGGGGUGUAAGAAUUAAACCUUGAUUUUAUCCUAUUUUUAUUAAUUAACUUGUUUGCAUUGUAUAAAUAGAGGAAGUUUGAAAUUGCUAGAUAAAGUUUUCAAGUGGUUGUCAAUUAACAUCCUCGUCUAAACAUGCAACUAUAAACAUAAUAUUAGGCGAUUUGUUUACUUAGGGUUCAAUGUAUAUAAUCUGUUAUUGUAUAUUGAAAUAAAUGUUUGCAACCUGA